GGGACCUUUCACUUUCAGUCGUUUUCAAAAAAAAUAAAAAAAUAAAAAAAUAAAAAAAUAAAAAAAUACGAGGUUUCUUUCGUGUACAGAAAAAAAUUGCAAAAGCUGAAAAUGGAAGAGUUUGAUUUCACAAUUGAAGAAGCUACAAUAAAAGAAAUUCAACAGGGUUUUGCGGAAGGCAAGCUCACAGCAAGAAAGCUAGUUGACUUGUACUUGCAGCAGAUCGAGAGCCUGAAUCCAGUGCUUCGCGGGGUAAUAGAGGUGAACCCUGACGCUCAGCAAUUAGCAGAUGAAUCCGACAAUGAGAGGAGAGAGAAAAUUAGAGAUAGUAAUACCGUGGGUGAGCUCCACGGUAUUCCGGUGCUCCUCAAGGACACGAUCGGAACCCUUGACAAGAUGAGCACUACCGCCGGUUCGUACGCUCUGCUCGGAUCCAAAGUUGUCCGAGAUGCUACGGUGGUGGAGCGGCUGAGGAACGGCGGCGCCAUCAUUUUGGGCAAAACCAGUCUCAGCGAGUGGUACAAGUUCCGUUCAAUUGACGGAGUUCCUAAUGGCUGGUGCGCACGCGCCGGCCAAGGAGUGAAUCCGUAUUUAUCGACAGGAACGCCUUGUGGAUCGAGCAGUGGAUCUGCAAUAUCAGUAGCAGCAAAUAUGGUGUCUGUUGCAUUAGGUACCGAAACUCACAGCUCCAUAAUCUGCCCUUCGGAUCAUAACUCAGUCGUCGGAAUCAAACCAACGGUAGGCCUCACAAGCCGAGCUGGUGUUAUACCAAUGACACCCCGUUGGGACACAAUCGGGCCGAUAUGCAGGACUGUAUCGGAUGCAGUUUAUGUGCUUGAUGUAAUAGCAGGUUUCGACCCAAGAGAUGAAGCAACGGAAGAAGGGGCUAAAUAUAUUCCCGAAGAUGGAUAUAAACAGUUUCUUAAAGAAGAUGGUCUGCAAGGAAAGAGGCUCGGUAUUGUCAGACGUCCUUUUCUGGAUAAAAUACAUGAUACUGCUGAAUUUAGAGCAUUUGAACUUCAUAUAGAUACGCUAAGGAAGCAAGGUGCAGAAGUGAUGGACAACUUGGAGAUAGAUCGUGUAGACGAGAUUUUGAACCCGAAUGAUAGUGGUGAAAUGUCUAUUAUGAUGGCUGAGUUUAAGACAUCUAUAAAUGUUUACUUGAAAGAACUGGAUAAUUCUCCGAUUCGUUCUUUAGCAGAUAUUAUUGCCUUUAACGAGAGCAAUCCAGAGUUGGAGAAGCUUACAGAGUAUGAUCAAGAAACCUUCAUUGCAGCUGAAAAGACAGACGGAUUAGGAGAGUACGAGAAAGCUAUACUUGAAAAGCUGGAAAAUAUUUGCCUGAAUGGAUUUGAGAAACUAAUGAAGGAACAUGAAUUAGAUGCAAUAGUGACACCUGGCUCACGGGCUUGUCCCGUUUUUGCUAUCGGAGGGUAUCCAGCAAUAACAGUGCCAGCUGGCUACGAGAAUGACGGGAUGCCAUUUGGAAUCUCAGUAUUCAGUUCAAAUCAAGAAAGAAGCAUGCAAGCUAAAUCCUCCUCAUCUUUACUCACUCUAUUUGCCUUUAUCCUAUUAGCAUGGCCAAAUUCAUCACCCAUCAAGAUUAUAUGCGAAGCAAUUUCAAUAAAAGAAGCCACAAUUCAAGAUUUGCAGACGGCUUUCGAGCAAAACCAACUCACCUCAAGGCAACUCACCGAGUUCUAUCUCAACGAAAUUCAAAAGCUCAACCCGCUUCUCAAAGGGCUUAUCGAAGUGAACCCUGAUGCACUUUAUCUAGCGGACAAAGCAGAUCAAGAAAAGAAGACAAAGCCACACAGUUCGUUACCCACACUACAUGGAAUUCCGAUUCUUCUCAAAGACAACAUAGGAACGAAAGAUAGCCUUAACACCACCACAGCUGGAUCAUUUGCACUCGUUGGAUCAGUUGUUCCUCGAGAUGCAGGUGUUGUAAUGAAGCUGAGAAAAGCCGGAGCCAUCGUUCUUGGUAAGGCUAGUUUGAGCGAAUGGGCUAAUUUCCGUGGUUUAAAUGCCCCCGAUGGUUGGAGUGCUAGAGGUGGCCAAGGAAAGAAUCCUUAUAUUUUGUCGGCUAAUCCUUGUGGUUCGAGUAGUGGAUCGGCAAUAUCUGUGGCAUCUAAUAUGGUGGCUGUGUCAUUGGGAACCGAGACCGAUGGUUCGAUUUUGUGCCCUUGUAGCUUUAAUGCUGUAGUGGGUAUAAAACCAACUGUUGGUCUUACGAGUCGAGCUGGAGUAAUUCCGAUUAGCCCAAGGCAGGACACCAUAGGGCCUAUCUGUAGGACAGUAUCAGAUGCUGUUCAUGUUCUUGAUGCAAUUGUUGGCUUUGACUCUAACGACGCUCAAGGAACUCGAAUCGGGUCCCAGUACAUUCCCUAUGGUGGUUAUACCCAAUUUCUGAAAGUGGAUGGACUAGAGGGAAAGAGAUUGGGCAUAGUGAGAGAUCCCUUCUUUACUUUUUCCGAUAAACUUCUUGAACAAACUUUUCAGCAACAUUUGCAGACAUUAAGACAAAACGGAGCAAUCUUGGUCGAUAAUUUGGAGAUAGCCAAUAUCGACGCAAUCUUGAACGCUACUUUAAGUGGCGAAGCAAUAACAUUGUUAGCAGAAUUCAAGAUUUCUUUGAAUACUUACCUGAAAGAGCUAGUUGCUUCUCCAGUGAGGUCCUUGGCUGAAGUUAUAGCCUUCAACCAAGAAUUCUCUGAUGUCGAGAUGAUUAAAGAAUUUGGCCAAGAAAUAUUUUUGGCAUCUGAAGCAACUAACGGGAUCGAAGAUUUAGAGAAGAAAGCAAUAUCGAGCGUGGAAAAUUUAACGAGAAAUGGGUUCGAAAAACUGAUGAUUGAGAAUAAGUUGGAUGCAUUGAUGAGUGUUGGACCUAGUAUUGCCCCUGUUCUUGCAAUAGGUGGAUUUCCAGGGAUCACUGUUCCUGCUGCAUACAAUAGUAAAAAGAUUCCAGUCGGGAUUUCUUUCGGUGGAUUGAAGGGUUCUGAACCUAAAUUGAUUGAAAUUGCUUACGGCUUCGAGCAAGCAACAAAGAUUCGAAAGCCUCCAACAUUCAUACCAUGAAAAAACAUUCUUCCUAUGUACGUUGUUAUCUUGUAAUGUAACAUAUUUUAUGCAAUUAUACUUAUGUGAUGUUUAAUCCCAUUAAAAAAAAAUUGUACAGUCUUCAUUUUUUUUUUUUUUUGAGUAAAUUCAAAUCCAUUACAAAAGGAAGUAGGGGAAGAGGGACUCGAACCCUAGACCGUUACUCUAUUGGUAAAGGCUAGGUACCAUUUAAAGAUUUAUCAUACUACUUUUUCUGAUUUAAAUUUUAAUAUAAUAAAGAUUAUCCAGCUUAUAUUUCAUAGUUCAAGAAACAUAAAAAAAAUUACAGUUUCUUGUUGCUUAUUAUAGUAGAUUAUGUGAAUAUUUGAUUUCAAAAAUAAAAUUUGAUAUCUAUGACAAAGAUUAUAGGAAUAAAUAUUUUAAAAACAAAUCUGCAAAAUCUAAAAAUCCCUCUUCCUCAAAUAUGGUAACAGAAUCAUCAUGCAAAAAUAUUAUAAAAAGGGCC